UUCCAGAGAGGAUUAAUAGUGUUUUUGAUCACAAUGCGCAUAAUCAUUUUCCGGUGACUCAUAAUGACCAACCUGUGCGGUUAGGAAGAGAUGAUACUUGUUCUUGCAUUGUUGUUAUUCUUACUUUCUGCUUCUUCCGAGACACAUACAUGCCCCAGUGAAGAGGUGUGAGAGGUUGGCGAUAGCGGGUCUAAGGAGAGGUAGAGGUCGGUCAAAGAAGUAUCGAAGAGAAGUGAUUAACAGGACAUGGCGCAUCUUCAGGUUACUGAGGACAUGUCCCUAUAUGGAGUUCACGGAUUAGGAUAGACGUUUAGUAGGUAGUUGAGUGUAGUCUUACUUUCCUGUGAGAUGGGCUUAGUGGUAGUUUGGAGCACCAUAUCUUCUUCUCUAUCUUGUACUUCGGUUAUCGUAUUAUGUAGCUGUUAUUACUGUUCCUUUCUUUCAAACUGCUAUGUCUUGCUUUCCUUAUUAUUUUCAUGGCUUCUUCACUUUCGUAUUUCCUUUAAAAAAAAAAAAAACUGCUUUGAAUUGAUUUUCUUGAUCCGAGGGUCUUUCAGAACAACCUCUCUACUUCACAAUGUACGGGUAAGGUCUGCGUACGCACUACCCUUCCCAGACCCCACUUGUGGGAUUACACUAGAUAUGUUGUUGUUGUUACCAUCCCGUUAAGAAUAUACUUUGACAUGUUCACUUGUGCCCUUUUUCUUCAUCAUACAUCUGUGUCUUAUUUUCCAUUUUGAUUUUUUUCAUCCUAGAAUUUCCUUAUUUUUAAGUCUUCCAGAACUUGAAUAAGUACCUUUAGAUGCAGAUUUGAUUUUUUAUUAUUUAGAUUUUAAAUAUAUGGUGUUUCAUGUUUCCCGACCUUUGUAACUUGAUGGACUAGUGAUGCCAAAUAGAGACAGACUAGUAGGUGUUAAAUUUUUUGCCUUUUCGACGACCUUUGCUUUUGAUGACACACAAACCACAACAACAAAAUCUCAACUAUUAUGGCACAAUCUCAACUAUUAUGAAGUCUGCAUUAUCCAUUUCGCUCCAUUUUUUUAUUCCUAUGAAGUCUGACCUGUUUCACUAUAUUUGAUAACUUGGGGUUCUCUAAGUCUAAAAUUUAUAUAAAUUUUCUACUGAUAUAUAGAUCUCUAUACAGUCUAAACAAAACUUCUAGCAAAAACGGCUUCUACUGUAGGCUUACCUAUAUUAUUAAGCUUUAAUAUCUACCAGUUGGUAUCACUUAUAUGGAUCUUUUGCAUUUAUGCGACGUUCAUCUUGUGCAAAUGUUGAGGCUUAGAUGUAACAAAUUUAUGAACGCUUUUUGAAAGAAAGGGGAAUCAGGAUGACAACUAUAAUUGUUAUAUUAAUUUGCUCGAGGAUGUGAAUUUUAUGGACAUGUGAAGUUGACUAGCAUUAUGUGAGUAUGUAGGUAGAUGUGGAGUUUUGGGGAAGAAUGGCUGGAUGCUAUUGUAUCUAUGACUUUGAUGCUGGGGAUUUAUGGGCCAGGCAAUUUGCAGCUUGGACCAAAUUCCUCAAUCCUGAUAAAACCUAAUCCCUUAUUUGUGAAAAAUAUUAAGGUGGAAGAGACGGAUGAUGCAAACAAUAGACCAACGGUGUAUGGGUUUCAUGAAAAUCCGUCUCUUGAUGUUUUUGCAACUUUAUCUGAAGCUUACAGAACCUCUCUUCCUGCAAACACUAACAAGCAAUGGAUAUAUUACUUGAAUCAAGGAUCUCAAAUAAACAUAUCAUAUAGUGUCAAGUCCUCAAGUUCGUUUGCUUUAGUCCUUAUUAUUGCUCAAGGAAGCGAAGGGCUAGCUCAGUGGCUUGAGGACCCAUCUUAUCCAAAUACGACGUUAUCAUGGAAUAUCAUUCAUGGGAGUGGCACAAUCAGUCAACACAUAGCAAAGUCCUCUAGCUAUUAUGUGGCAGUGGGCAACUUGAACACUGGAGUUGUACAGGUUCGGUUGGAUAUUAGAAGUAGGGCUUUGCUCUAUAAUACAACUGGUGCUUAUUACGAGUGCAACCUCGGACGAGAACAGUGUAGUAUGAGAUUCUCUUUGGCCCGUGGAAAUUCUGCUCUUUUGACUUCUCCUUCUCAAAGGCCUGAUACAGCUACUGGUAUGUGGAGCAUCAAACUUUCCUAUGGACCUCGAUGGAUCACAUAUCUUCUUGGACUAGGUGGUAUGAGUUUUCUCAUUUGGCUGGUAUUCUGGUACUUGAAUAAUAUGCGAUCCUCUCAUCAAGAAGGUAUUAGCAAUCCUGUGCGGCCGAUGGAAUCUCAGCAGACCCCUCUUCUUUCACGCAAAGAUGAUGACCUCGCAAGCAGGGGUUCUUCUUAUGACGGUCUUUCACAAGACGACGAGUAUAAUGAAGAUGGACUGGACCUCACUGCACCUCAAGGGAGACAAGUAAAGGAUGGUGAAUACAACAGCAAUAUUCGCCGACUCUGCACAAUUUGUUUUGAUGCGCCAAGGGACUGCUUCUUUCUUCCAUGUGGACACCAUGCAUCCUGUUUUGAGUGUGGAACUAGGAUAGCAGAAGUUUCUGGUACUUGCCCAGUCUGUCGCAGGCCUAUAAAGAAGGUGAGAAAGAUAUACACGGUUUGAGCAGCCGACAGAGAGCCAUUGUAGAUACAAUGUAGAUCAUGGAUAUGCCGAGCACUCAUUCCAAUGAAUUACUCUUUGAAAUUGAUGUUGUAAAUGAAAUAGUUCGCGCAAUUGGUAGGCCAAUCCAUUUCUUUCUGGUGCCGUCUCUUUUGGUACAGCAGCACAUAUGUAUUCUUCUGCGGCGUACAGAUUUGUAUUCUUUCUCCCGUAGAUGUUUGGUUCUUUACAUUGGUUUACUCUACCAAGUAGCAACCAUAAUGCCAUGUAGUUGAAGCAUAUAGAUGGUGAAGUUCACAUAUUUUAGGUGAUUUUUUUUUUCUUCUUUUUUUUUUCCUCAUUUUUUUGCUUUAUUAUACAUCCUCCAAGACCCAUUUGUGCAACUGAUUCGGAUUCAUCCGGUAAUGUCCACUAAAGGGGGAAACUGAUUGGCAAGAGCUUUUUGGUUCCCAUGACUCGUGAAAACCCAACACCUCUGGUCAAAGGUGCAUCCAUCUAACCACAAUCUUCGUGGUUUUAUAUUCUAAUAGCUAUGGUUUAAGGUAUGUUGUAAUGUUGUGUGCUCCUAGACUAUGUAUUUUUUUUUUUUAAUAACUAUUUUUUCUUUGUUUAUACGUA